CCUCCGCCUCCCUCCCCCCCACCCCUCCGAUUUUUUAUUUUUCCACACUGCCCCCCCCCCCCCAAUUUCUCCCAGAAACGCCGCCCCCCGCCCCCCCCCGCAGCAAGAUGGUGCAGAAGAAAUCAGAUAUCCCGGGAUUCCACCGUUCCUUCAAGGGACAAAACCCCUUCGACCUGGAGUUUGACCAGUCCAACCACCUGGAGCCCGUUUUCAACUUCGAGUGCCCGCCCCGUCCCGACAUGCCUUCAAGUCAACCCAUCGACAUCCCUGACGCCAAGAAGAGGAACAAGAAGAAGAAGCGCUGCAGGGCCACCGACAGCUUCUCGGGCAGGUUUGAGGAUGUUUACCAGCUGCAGGAGGAGGUGCUGGGAGAAGGGGCCCACGCCAGAGUCCAGUCCUGCGUGAACCUCAUCACCAACAAGGAGUACGCGGUGAAGAUCAUAGAGAAGCGCCUGGGACACAUCCGGAGCAGGGUGUUCCGGGAGGUGGAGAUGCUGUACCAGUGCCAGGGACACAGGAACGUCCUGGAGCUGAUCGAGUUUUUUGAGGAGGAGGAGAGGUUUUACCUGGUGUUUGAGAAGAUGAGGGGAGGCUCCAUCCUGACCCACAUCCACCGGAGACGCCACUUCAACGAGCUGGAGGCCAGCGUGGUGGUGCGGGAUAUCGCCAGCGCCCUGCACUUCCUGCACAACAAAGGGAUCGCACACAGGGAUCUGAAACCAGAAAAUAUCCUGUGUGAGAGCCUGGACCAGGUCUCCCCGGUGAAGAUCUGUGACUUCGACCUGGGAAGUGGCAUCAAACUGAACGGCGACUGCUCCCCCAUCUCCACCCCGGAGCUGCUCACCCCGUGUGGCUCAGCCGAGUACAUGGCCCCAGAGGUGGUGGAGGCCUUCAACGAGGAGGCCACGAUCUACGACAAGCGCUGUGACCUGUGGAGCCUGGGGGUCAUCCUGUACAUCAUGUUGAGUGGGUACCCCCCCUUUGUGGGCCACUGCGGCUCCGACUGCGGCUGGGACCGGGGCGAGGCCUGUCACACCUGCCAGAACAUGCUCUUUGAGAGCAUCCAGGAGGGGAAGUACGAGUUUCCCGACAAGGACUGGGCGCACAUCUCCUUCGGAGCCAAAGACCUCAUUUCCAAGCUGCUGGUGAGAGAUGCCAAGAAGAGGCUCAGCGCAGCCCAGGUCCUGGAGCACCCCUGGGUGCAGGGGUGUGCCCCGGACAACACCCUGCCAACCCCCAUCAUCCUGCAGAGGAACAGCAGUGCCAAAGAGCUCACCUGCUUCGCCGCCGAGGCCAUCGCUGUCAACCGCCAGCUGACGCGGCACGACGAGGACGAGGAGGAAGAGGCGGAGGAGGAAGCACGACCCAUCAUCAUCAAAGCUACCUCACGGGCCAUGCAGCUCUCCCCCCCCUCCGAGUCCAAGCUGGCCAAGCGGCGGCAGAAGAGCAACCUGGCCAAGGCAGUGGCCGCCGGGCAGCACCUGGUGGCCCCGCUGGUCCUGGUGGCCGACCAAGCCUGAGCGGUGCCCCCUGCACCUGCUGGACCCCAUAUCCCCCCUUCUCCUUUCUUUCUUCCCCCCUUUCCCCCCCACCCAACCUCACCGUUUCUGGCUAGUGACAAGAUCAGGACUCGUCCCUGUGGCUGGUUUCCAAGGUUUUGCUGAUCUUGUAGGUCUGGGGGUGGGAGGGUUUGUUUAAGAUCUUUUUUUUUUUUUUAAGGUAUUAAAUCAAGCGUGAGGUUGCUUCACCCAGGGCACACUCAAGGACAUCUGACAGACACAUGGACUUUUGUUCCCCGACUCUUGGUUUCUCCUCUGACAUUUCCCCCCCUCCCCGACACCAAAGGACUCUUUGUACCCGCGGCUGCUUUGACGAUUUCAGCUCAUUUCAUACUGUGAACAAAAGACCCUCGGUCGCGUUUCCAACAACGGGAGUCGCAUUUUAACCUCGUCCCUCCCCUCGGAGCUGCAGGUUUUUCUCCGAUGUUGGGGUAGAUCCCACAAAACCCCCCUUUCCCGGGGGUCUGGGAGGCACCUCCGUCCCGGGCUGGGGGCUGUCCCUGGCUCUGCUCCGGGGGGACACGGUGGGUGUUGUGCAGGGAACCGCUCGGGCCGGGGGGAGAUGGUGCCAGCGAGGGAGCAGUGCCCUGUCCCACCGAGCCACCCUCUCUCCUCGGCAUCCCAGAAUAAGCUAUUCACCCCCUUCUUUUCUUUCUUUUUCCUUUUUUUUUUUUUUUUUUUUUUUUUGAUGAUUGUUGGUUUUAAACUGCUAGCUGUGCUUCUCUACAGGGCACAGAGAAAUGUCUUCCUUUCCUCCCUCCUGCGCUCCGGCAGCGGCUCCUGGGGGUAAGGCCAGAGCCGGGGGAUUCGCAGGCACCCAGGGCUGUGCUCUUGUGCCAGGGCAGGGGUUGUACCCCCUGGGUUUGGAGGCGCUGGUGGCUGUGCCCUGGUGGAGGUGUGAGGGGGAUGAGGUGUUCAGGGUGGCCAGAGCAGCCAGAAACUCCCUCUGGGAAUAGUUGUGCUCCGUGGAAAGCAAGGAGCCACUUAAGGAGUGCCGGGACCUGCUGCAGGACAGUGAGACCUGCUGUGGCUUCGGGCUGGCCCCGAGGCUGCUGUGGCAGGAGGGUCUGGGGGCACAGAGGGUGCCCAGUGCCCUAGGGAUACCAGUGGGGAGCAGCCAGGCUGGUGGCAGCACCCGAGGGCCGCAGUGUUGGGGGAGCAGCCUGGGGACGGCUCAGAAUGUGGGGCUGGAGGGCCUGGGGUCGGGGCAGAGGACAGUGCUGGUGUGUGUGUUCAUGGAUGUGCAUCCGUGUUCACGUGUGUUCAGGCGCUGCCCUUUCCUCAGGGCUUGCUUUGGGGAAGGGAAGGAAUGCAUGGCAGGGAAGGGCUUGGAAUGCUGAGCUGGGAUGAGGCCCUUGGCUGGUUUCUGGGUCUGGCCAGGAGGCACUUGGGGCUGGGCUGGCCUCCAGCUCCCCCCAGUGCCUCCAGAUCCCCCCGACACCCCUGCGCCCCACCACAGGCACGGCCAUGGGUUGGGCCACCAAGCUGUGCCCGCUGCCACCCCCCCAUUCCGCCGGGAAGGGAGUGCCCCUUUCACAGCCCCUGCCCACUCAGUGCUUGGAGCUUUAUAUUUUGCAAAAGCAGCCUCGUGUGCACAGGUGAGGGUUUGGGAGCUCUGAGCCGGGGGAGAAGAGGCUUCCCUGGGUCUUCAGCUGAAGUCAGUCGCUGUCUCUGGAAAAAAACCGAAAGUUCUCCUUUUCAUUUUAAGACUGCUGACAGCAAUACUAUGCAAUAUAUGUUGUUUUUUGUUUCAGGGAGGUGUGUGUGAGUUAUCUUGGGGGAGGAUGGGCAGGGGUGUUGGAGCUUAGGGCAGGGGCCAUCUUCUCUCACCCUUCCUGGCCUUUCUGCUGACCCGGGGGCCAUGGGGGAGGGCGGCUCCAUCCCCAUCCCACCCCCCCAAAAACUGCCUCGCCCUUGCAGUCAGCCCUCUCCCAGUCCCACCAUGCUGGGUGGGGAGGAGCGAGGUGGUGAUGAGGGGAGACCCCCCCACGCAGGCACUGGGACACCCCGGAGAGGCCUCCUUUAACAGAAAGGAAGAAAGUCCAUCUUGAUUGUACAUUGUUACUUUCUAUAGCUUAUUUUAUCAGUUGUAGAUAAUUCCUCGUUGUCUUAUAUUAAGAAAUACUUGAAUGAUGUACAGUACAGCGAUGCCUUGAGCUGGUAUUGUGAAGCUAUUGUUGAUGCUGCACGGCGCAGCCUUUUUUUAACAAAACAAAAAUCACACAAAAUCCGUGGGAAGGGGAUGGCAGGGGGAUGUCUGGGAUUUAUCUGUCCCCCCUGUGCUGCGGAUGUUGGCAAGCUGAGUUCCCCCUUUUCCCCACGUGUAAGCGCGAUGUUUUAUAUAAAUAUACGAACACACCCUCUCUGGUGGAGGCGGGCGCGUGGCCUGGGUGACCCGUGCUGUGCUGGGAGCGUGUCCCGUGGGCACCUGGGGUGUCCCUGGCCGGGAAUGUGCAGCUGGAAGGUGCUGUGGGGGUUUGUGGCGAGGGGAUGGAUGUGCCAGAGGGUGCCCGAGCUCGGCCCAGGCUUGGCUUCGUGUUUGGGGCGGGGGUUCGGUUGGUGAACCCAGCGCUUGGGGUGACCCAUGGCAGGGUUCAGGUGUUGGGAGAGAAUCUUUAAUUGCCUCUAGAGCUGGGGAUUGACUCUGGAAUGGCUCCAGUCUGACUCGUGGCAGUGCUGGGCACCCCUGGGUGCCUCAGUGGGACAGGGAUGGCUGGGGAGACCCUCAUGCCAGCGCCUCUCCCGAGGCGGUUUCCAGACAGAUGCUCCCGUGGUCCAGCACCAGCGACCCCUUUUCACCAACACCCUUCUUCUUCCUCUUCCCAGGCUUCUUCCCCCCCUACCCAUAGAGCAUCUAUCUUGGAAACCAACUUCAAAAAGAUUUUCUUCUUUUUUUUUUUUUAUUAUUUUUUUUUUUAAGCUGGAAACUUUAAGCGUUUUGGCUUCCUCUCCUUCCCCCCCCUUCCUUCAGCCAACUAACUCGACUUUAGAACUGGUUAGAAACGUUUACUGUGAAGCUCUAACUCUUUUUAUCAAACCAGGAGAAGCUUUCUCUUCUUUACAAUUGAUGAAGACUGCCAAAGCUGGUUCCACAGGAGUCACGUUAUCGCACUGUUGGUUUGUGCAGCAGCGGCCUCUGCUCGGGGGCUGGCUGGGAAAUAAAAACUGAAAAUAUUAAAAAAAAAAACAACAAAAAAAUCAACAAAAAAACAAAAACAAAAAAGGAAAAAAAAAAAGAAAAAACCCACACAAAAAUAAGCACUUUACUUGUAUGUACCAGGUGACCUGAUACAGCUGAAUUGAAGUUUUCCUUUAUAACAAUUGUUGAUGCCAGAAUUUUGUAUUCUGUUUUGUAAGAAUUUAAUAAAAAUGCAUUGAGACCUA